AUGGAUGGAGAAAUGCCCAAAUGCGGCUGUUCCCAGAGAUACGCAGCCGAGGCGGGAAAACAAAUGAGCUACUGGCUGCAGGCUGUACCAGGCGAGGGUGCGGGAUCAGGUUGGCGAGCUGGGUUGGGGUGUGUCGUGCAGGCGGGAGACGACGAGACAAAAAGGGAGAAAGAAAAGAUUCGACGGCUCGAUGUCAAUAUAUUGCAAUGGGGGAUACGAUAUGACGGGGAGGGGAUUGAGGUUGCUGAAAGUUUGGGAAGGAGCGACACAAAUGCGCGAGCAGGCGAGGAGGGGCGACUGCUGCGUUUUGGUUGCUCAGUGGCUAGUGCGGGUCUGGGUUUUGCAGGGGAAGUGCGCUGUAGUGGGGCAGGUGCGACUCCCACUGACAAGCUGGAAGCGCGUGAGAGGUGA